AUGUUUGACAAGAUCAUGCUCCGCAUGCGGCAGCGGCAUGCACGCCGUAGGCUGCUCACUUUUAUCUACGAGCCGGCGUCCAAACUCCAGAAAGGCUCUGCGGAGUACGAAAAGCUUGCGACAUCCGGAAGAUUAUGGGAAGACUUCUUCCAGCCCUGCAGCAGCCGCCUCAUGGGCUACGUCGGGGUGCAGCGGGAUCUCAGGGAUAUGCUGGACGAGGUUGAUCGAUACAAAACCGAUCUCCCGGCUCUGUCGCUGAGCCGGUACCUGGUUCCCGAGCACGCGCAGCAGUCCGUCAUGAUCGAGGACAACCCUAUGCGUAUCGGCGACGCGUGCCAGGUAUUUGACUUCCUGGACAAGGAGCGGGGUUUGGGGCUGGGUUCUAUGAUUGGGGUGACGUCGAGCGAGCUCGCCGCGAUGCGCAUCCCCCGGACCGAGGAGAAUGAGAGCCCCGCGAAGGUCGAGCUCAAGAACCAAAUCAUCGCAUCGCAGUGGGUUGCCGACAACGCGGCGGCCAAGCGUGGCACCGCAGGCGUCAGCGAGAUCGAGGUGCGGGACCUUGCAGCGGCCUCGAUCAGAGGCACCUCCUCCGAAGCCGUGUACGGCUUGUCCUGGGGAGGCAGAGUGCCGCUGGGAGGAUACCGGAAGCUGCCGAUCCAGGUGCAGAGCAACCACCUCGCCGUCUUCCCGUACCCGCAGGAAGUCCCAGCGUGCGUCCGGAGGUUCUUCGAGUGGCGGGACGCGCAGCACGCCGCGAGGGAGCUUCACCCGCUCGUCCUGGCAUGUCAGAUGACGGCUUAUUUCGUCCACAUUCAUCCGUUCCCCGACGGCAACGGUCGCGUCAGUCGGUUGAUCAUGCAGGACUACAUGGCCAGGCAGGGCUACCUGCCGACGAUUUUCGAGGACAUGGACCGGGCGAGGUAUCUCCGGAUGAUCAGCGAGGCCUGCGAAGGCAGGCCGCGGGAGUUUGUCAAGGCGGUGCUUGAGGCUCAACUUGUGGUCAGCUUGAAUCCUGGUCAGAAAGACGAUGAUCCAGAAUACGUGUGGGACUCUGUCAUACCGUAG